GCUUAUGUUGAACUUUUGAAAGAAAUUAUAUAUGAUGAAGACUUUACUGUUGUUCAAUUUUAUAAAAAAAUAAAUUUUUCUUUUUUUCAAAGGACUCAAGCAGAGGGAGUUUUAUACGAAGCACUGAAGACCCUCGCUUCUGAAAAUAAUACGAAGGCUCGGAGAUUGUUAGUAAAUUUUAACGAACUUAUCGACUCUAACUCAGUAAAUGCUUAUUGGGAUGGUGUUUGUAUCAGCAAUGAGAGAAGCGAAACCCGACGUGUUAAAAGUAUAUUGAAAGAAAAAGAGGAUCAGGAAGCUUGUCGAAUAAAAUCUAAUGUAUUAGACGAGCACAUUAUUGAAAGCAAUCUUAUAUUAAAAAGAAAACGACAAAAACGGAAGCAUGCAGAUAAG